AAGUCAUCAAUCGUAUGGACUAAAGGAAAAUAUUUGUAAAUUGGAUUAAAGUUUUGUGUUUGAAUCAUGGUUUACAAAAAAGAACUGUUAUUUUUAAUAUCAAUAUUAAUAUCAGUGGGAGCAAAAACAUUCACCCCGAUAUCGUAUGAAAUUGAUAAAACGGCUCCGUUAAAAGUGAGAAAUGUGAGAAAAGUGAAUCCAUUACAGUCCGGCAAAGUAUUAGCAAAAAAUGUUGAUUUUGCAAGACUUUUUAAAAAUUUACGCCAAAAUCGUUCGCCCGAAGAAAUACGAAUUGUGAGCACACUUGGAUUACUAUCGGGUGCUUUACAAGUUGAAGAAGCGAUACGUGAAAAUCUCUACGAAAUGACCGAUGAUUUGUUGGCCUCAUUCAAUAAAUCUACGCCCAAAGAAAAUAUGAACAAAUUAAUGGCCAUCGAAGAGACGAUCAACCGAGAUAAAUCUGCUGUGUCAAUUCUAAAUGGCAUGUUGCAAUACGCUCGAAAUGUGACCACAUUGGAUGCACUCGAAAAUGAUUUAAAGCAAAUUUUACGUGAGAAUACAGCCGCAUCAAAGCGAUUGCGCAGCAAAAAGUAUACUCUAAACCGAGAAAUUGGCGAAAGAACUGGCCAAAAUAGUGCAUCAACCGGAAAAUUAUUAACUCGCUCUGGAAUGAAUUUAAAGUAUACCAUGAAGGAAAAACUGUAUGAUGUAAGGGAGAUGAUUGACAACCAUGUUGAAAACAUACAUUCGAGUGUAACUGAAAACGUCAAACAAACCAUUGGAUACCUUCAAAGCUUGCAAAAAACUAAUAAAAAACUUAUGAAAACAAUUGUAAAAUCUAAUGUUAAAUUGGAUCCAUCACUGAAUGCCGUUAAACGUCUUUGGGAUCAAGUCGCUUCGCCCGAGCACAAGCAUUCGGAUUUUGACGUUGAAUUGAACUAUCAUGGAAGACGGGCCGAGGCAAGACCCGAUGUGAUUCGAUUCAAAGAUGGCCGACUAACAAAAGGCGAAGAGAUUGCUACAAAACCUGACGUCAUUGUUGUUGAUACGAAAUUAGGUCGUUUCAAACGAUAUAAUGAUCCGCAUCCGGAAAUGUCAUUUGUGAUUGAUAUUGAUAUUGGCGGGGAAAAAAUGUUUGCGAGACAAGAUGAAAAGAUGAGAGCGAGACAAGAUGAAGAUAAACGAGAAGAUGACAAUGACAACGAAAUUGAUGGCAAUCGGAUGAAAGAUGAGGACGAAAUGGGCGAACAAAAUAUGGAUGAAGAAUUUGAUGAGAGUCCAGAACAAAGUGAUGGUCCUGGAGGUCUCGUCGGAUUAAUCUCGAAUUUAAGUGGGGGUGCAGAGGGAUCGGAUAUUGGUGCUGUUUUAGGUGCCGUAUCGCAAGUCAUCACCAAUUUACUUGGUCCUGGGGGUUUGGAUAUUCCCGGAUUAGUAUCAUCUGGGACAGCCUUGUUAGCCUCUCUACUCUCGGGCGAUGAAAAUUUCGGGAAAGUACUAGGGAAUAUAGUGGGUUUGGCGAUUGAAGGUUUUAGCGGCGGCGGUGGAGCGCCGAACAACGGACAAUUUUUCGGGCAAUUCAUCGGAAAAUUUAUAUCGCUGUUAAGCGCGGAUCCUGAAGACGACGAUGCACCACUCCAACCAGACAAAUUCAUCGAAAACCUAUACGAUGGUAUCGGAAAGGGAUCGGCCGGUGAUCCAGAAGAACGAGAAGGCGAAGAGGCUAACCCCGAAUGUGAUCAUGGUUCAGAUUCGACCAGUUUCGUAAAAAGCUUGAUAUCGGGCUUGGUAAAUGUAUUUUCAAAGGCGAUAGCAUCAUCAGCGGCAGGGUCAUCACAAGGAUCAUUAAACGGCGCUGCUAGUUUUUCGGGGGGCUCUUCGCACGGUUCAUCAUCUUCAUCAUCGAAACCAAAAGAUGAUGGAAAUAAAGAACGUAAACGAUAGAACAAUUGUAUUAGAAAAUUUACAUAAUUUGGCAACAUUAUUUACAAAAUUAAAGUGAUCAUUUUGAAAGCCACAGUCAAAUUUAAUGUCAAACU